AUGGAGAAGGAUUUGCGUUUGCGCCUCGUGGUGCGACGUCAUGGUGUGCCCGACGUCAAGCUCCUCUGGAACACAACCGCCGACGAGGACCUCACCAUCUCGAAGCUCCUCGCCCAGAUCAACGAAGUCGUUCCCUUAGAGAGCGGCGAAUGGGGCCUGGAGGACUACGCCGUGGAGCUUAAGGAUGCCUCCGGCGACGCCUUCGAAUGCGUCCACUACCAUCUUGUGUCCAAGCUUCUCAAGGACGACGACCAAGUCCUUGUUCGACCUCUCCUGACUGGCGAUCUCAAGAGACGACGACUGAGCGGCAGACAUCAAAUCUCGAUUGACGGAAGACAUCUCGUCGACGGCCUUGCCUUUGGACGACCCUGGCUCCGAGCCCCCCGAGACCGCCCUGCCGUCACCCUUCCACCCAGGAAGAAGGCCCGGAUCGCAUACAGCAGCGAAGACGAACAAGACUCUCUGCCUGAAAACGACGAGGAACGCCCCAUGCUGGAGCUGGAGUAUGGAUCCACGAGAGCCCAGGAAGACCCGGCUAGCGUCAAGCUGCGCACACGUUUCCACGAUGCCGACCCCGAUAGCGACUCUGAGGUCGAGCAUAAUUAUGACCCCGACGUGGAUAGAGCCGAAGAGGAGGACGAUGACGACAACAUGGACUCGGACGACGGCGAAAUCCAGGAUGAGCUGCGCCUUCUCAGAGAAGACAACGCUGCUGUCCGCGAGGGCGACAUCCUCGAAGAACUCCGCGACAUCCGGAACAAGAGGGCGUCGAGUGGACCGGGCAGCAGUCGUUCGGCGGAGGCUUCUGGUGACUCUCCCGCACCUUCGGCCGGCAACGCCCUUGUCAGGUCCGGAGGACAAGCCACCAGACACCGCCUCAGUCUCGACACCCUUGACAAGAUAGCAGCUUUGAAAGCGGCGUUCCCUGGUGCGCAGGUAUCCGCCAUCGAGGAGACUCUGUUGAAAUAUGAUGCGGAUUCGGCUAGGACGUAUCGCAAACUUCGCAAAACCUUCGCUGCCCGCCUCAGUCUCCAGCAAACCCUAGAUCACCAGGCGCAAAGCUUGUCCAGCAGCCCUAUUCGGCACGCGCACAAGCACGCGAGCACGGGACGGGAACUCGUCCUCAGAGAGUCGAGCCCAUCCGAGAGGGCCUCCAAUGCUACGGCGCAUGAUGAGGAUGAGGAUGAGGAAGACAACGAGGAUGCCUCGAUAACGCUGAACCAUAAUACCGCUACGGACCGUUGCCCAGGAAGUGGCCAAGAGGGAUCAGACUCUGAUUCUGAUUCUGAUUCCGAGUCCGAAUCGGACUCGGACUCGGACUCUGGCUCUGACGUCGCCGCAGCAACAUCCGACCUUGAUCGAGAGGCCGAGGACUCUUCUGACGACGAUUCGGAGGCCUCCUCUUCCGAUGACGAUGAUGGCGAUGGCAGCCAAGAUGAAGACGAAGAAGAUGACGGAUCAAGUGAGCCGGAAGAUGGCGGAUCCGUCUUGGAUGAAGAGGAUGCCGACUCUGUGGACCAGGAUGCCUCCAGUUCGAAUGAUGAUUCCGAGUCGGAGGCAUCUGGCAGUGAUGGGUCAAGUGUUGCAGCCGCAAACAACGGCCCCCCAAAGGACGAUGCUGCGAUUUCCAUCUCAUCAGACUCGUCCUCUGAUUCUUCGUCCGAGGACAGCAGCAGUGAUGACUCGAGCUCGGACUCUGAGCCCGAGGAGAUUCCUAGCAAGACCCUCACCAGCCAGCGCCAGAUUUUGGAGGAUUCCCAACCACAGGCGCCCCGCAAGCUGCCUCAAGCCACACCGGCCGCCCCAGCAGCACCUGCCAACGAACAGCCUACCGUCCCUCCUGGACAAGGAUUGUCCAAAACCCAGAAAAGGAAUGCCAGGCGCAAGCUUGCCAAGCAGUUGGCGGCUGGCAAGUCAAGGUCGGCUCAGGGCAGCGAAGAGCCUUCUCAGACCCCGGCUAUAGGGGCCAGUGCAGAAGAGGCAUCGUUCCUCGCGAGAAAGCAAGCACUGCUUAACGCCAUUGCCUCUGACCGUCCGGUCGAUCAUACCAGCGAGGAGAGUUUCCAGGGACUCUCCGACUCAACCCCGCGGGAGAGGGAACAUAGCCUCCCCUCCUCCGCCGGCGCUGGCCCCAUGGUGGCUUCGCAGAGUGUAGCUGGACAAGCCGAGGCUUCGGCCCAGCGUCGGAUAAAGCCCAACAUUGGUGCCACGCGUCGAAUGCUCAUGGGGUCUCUCGGCCUCAAAAACCCCAAGACCAAGGCCGACGAAGACAAGAUUCGACAAGACCUGAUGAAGGGUGUUCGUCCGCACACCAACGCCCGUCUGGCCGAAGCGGCGUCGCAGCAUGACGAGCCUCCUCAGACACAUGAAUCGGUAGAGGAAGAUGCCGAAGCCUGGCGCGAGAAAAUCGCUUACCGAGCCGUAGAAUGCUGUCACGACGGGAUUGAGCUCUCAGAACCGCCAUUUCCUUUUGUCCAGCGGUGGGACCCCCAACAGCAGGUGGACGAAUGGUUCGGUUCGAAGAAUAAGCGCGGGGGGAAACGUAAGCGCGCACAGCGCAAUCAAGCGCAGUUCUACGAAGACGGAGACCCUCAAGCGUCGAAGAAGCGUCGGGUAACCGGAGAGAGCAUGGGCGUGACUUUCUCGGAUGCAGCCGAGUCUUUGGAGGAAGGAGAUACGACGCUUAACUACGAUGAUCCGCCUGAAGAACCUCUAGUACCCAAGACCGCAGCUGAAGGAAGCCAGGCGACGGACGUUGAUGAUCUUCCAUCAUUGCCCGCAGACCUGACUAAGCUUCCCGAUCUCCGGCCGGGAGAGGCUAAGCUGGGCAUGGUCAUCACCUGGAAGCAGUGGCUUUUGUCUCCGGCGACUAAUUGGCAACCCGAGGUCGUCAACCUGACCGGCGUUCUUGUUAGAGUACAUGAUGAGGAGGCGACUGAUCUCGAGUUUCUCCUGGCCCACCGAGAUCGAGAAGUGGACAGGACGGAGAAAAAGUACGAUGAAGAAACAGGGCAGAGGGUGUACGACCGGUUUGAGGCACCCGAUGACGAUGACGACGACGAUGCGGACGAUGAGCCCGACCGGGGUUAUCGCAGGUUAACGUACGCGGAGCUUAUCGAGCCCAAAAUUGUGCAAUUACCACUGGAAGACCGGGCAAAACCCGCAGACAACGAGGGAUCGAGCGUCCCUCUGACCGACAGCAUUGUUCAUGAGACCGUUUACGAUGACCACAGCCAGCCGUACCAGGUUAACGGAGAAGAUGCUGGCCGGUCCGAGGCGGAUAAAGAUGGAAGUCAGUUACCAAUCGAUGCAGAAGACGGUCGAGCCAAGGCUAAUACGGAUGACGAACAGCCUCGAAUCGUCGCAGACCCUCGGUUUAGCCACAGCCCCGAUGCCCAGCCCGAUAAUGUAGAAGCCAUCGACGAAGAGAACAUGUCGACCCCUCGAGCAAACACCCAUGCACACGAUGAAUACCAACCACCAACAACAGAAAACGCGGAGUCGCAGAAUUCCGACGAUAGCGCUCUCUCUGUCACUUCGGACCGCCGCCAUGAGAUCAGCAUCAUGAUCCAGGACGCAGGAUUCCGCAAGGGCGUCUCACCCUCCGUCCUCCGUCAAAAGACCAGCAGCCCUUCUCGUCAGUUGCUGGAGAUGGCGGAGGUCGCCAGCCAUUCCCGCGUUGCGUCGAGGUCGCCCCUUUCCCAGGAAAGCAUGGUCAAGGUUGCGACGCAAGUGCCCAACAAAGAGCUCGGCCCUACUGCAGGAAGCGCUGGCGGAGGGGCUGCGGCACCGUCUUCUUGUGCGAGUAGCAUCCGCAGCGGUCGUCAGCUUGAUCCCGACGACUUGGGCUUUAAUGUGAGCGGUGACGAUCUCCACCAGAUUAGCGACAUGGGCGACGGCUCUCUCGUGCUCGACGACGAUGUGCCGACACCGAAAGCCAAAGGGCAAACACCUACUCGGAACAAGGAAACUUCUGCCUCGCCCUCAACCGACCAGUCUUUUCCGUCGCUGGCAAGUCUGGCGAGGACCGCCUCGCAACAGAACUUGCACAGCCAGACGCAAAGCCCUUCCAAGGCCCAAGCAUUGGUCCCAUUCCUGUCUCGCGACUCGACAUUGCCGCGCAACGAGGAGUACGAGGCGGCAAUGCGACGGAUUGACGAAAGCGACAGUGACGAAGAAGACGGCAAAGACGAGGCGCCUCUGGAGCUUAGAAAGACCCGAAAGCGGCUUUUCCCCGCCUCCGGCCGGCCAGACCAAUCGCCGCUGUCCGAGUCGGCAGACAUGCCCGACAUAAAGCCAGUCGCGAAGACGGCAUCUUCACCUCUUGUUGGGGAGCAGGGCGGCAGACUGCUGCGACAGCGAGUGCACAAGAGCUCUCCAUUCGCGGUUCCUCCUGGCUCUCAAGUGGUCACGUUGUCGUCGAGCCCAUCUAGUUCACCUCCCCAGGAAGACUACGCGGAGGACAGUAUUGAUGCCGACUAUGAGGACGGCAACAGGAGGAACAGUCUCGGGCGUAGUUCCGGUCGGGUGCAGAAAACCAGGGCACCCAGGGCAAGCUCGCGGGCCAAGAGCGUGCCGGCGAACCAGGCGACGGCAAGGUCGGCUAGCGCAAGGCGGUCUAUCCCCCCGAGUUCCAUGCCUGCCAACCCCGGCGUCAAUGGACGAGGGCAACGCAUGCCAUCAUCGAUGUUUUAG